AUGUCUUCUCCAAGCAAAGUUCCCUUCGAUAUGCAUAUUCCCCAAUCUGGAUAUGUUUUCCCCAAAACCACCUACAACAUGUUAUCAUCAUUUGUCAGCAACCUUUUGAAGAAAUUAACUGCGCUCCACGACAUCCAAUUUCUAAACUUGGGCGACCAUCCGUUAGCGUCGGGAACCACCCCAGGGCCAGAAGAGCAGAGCGCGAAGGUGAAGGCCGCCCAUAGCCGGAGGAGGAGAGCAAGCCGCGGCCGUGGCGGAGGGGAGCAAGCCGCGGCCGAUAGACAGAGAAGAGGAGGGGCGCCGGAGAAUGAAUGA